GACAACUAGACACACUGUUUAUAUCUUUGAUUUGAACAUAUGUUCGUGUUUUAGUAAACUGAAAGAAGUUGUUGAUAAUAUGAAGUCGCACGUAACAAAGUUAAUUCUGAGGAGAGUUUUAAAUGUAAAACCUCAGCAUUAUUUCCAGAAAUGUUCACGUCAUAAUUCGUGUGAAAUCAUAGGAUCCGCCCAGGACAGAAAUUCUCCUGAAUUCAAGGACAACUAUGCAGCUAUGAAAGGUGUUGUAGAUAAGUUGACCCAGCGCACUUUAGAUGUACGUGGUGGUGGAGGACCAAAAUAUGCCCAGCGCCACAAAUCAGCUGGCAAGCUGCUUGUUCGAGAGAGGAUUGAUGCCAUUCUUGACCCUGGUUCUGCCUUCCUUGAGUUGUCACAACUGGCAGGAUUAAACAUGUAUGAGGAAGAUGUUCCAUGUGGUGGAUUAGUGACUGGAAUUGGUCUUGUGGCAGGGCGAGAAUGUGUAAUUGUUGCAAAUGAUGCAACAGUGAAAGGAGGCACAUAUUACCCUGUUACAGUAAAGAAACACUUACGAGCACAACAAAUAGCCUGGGAAAAUAGACUUCCUUGUAUAUACUUAGUGGAUUCUGGAGGUGCAAAUCUUCCUCAUCAGGCAGAGGUUUUUCCAGACAGAGACCAUUUUGGUCGAAUUUUCUACAACCAGGCCAACAUGUCAUCUGCUGGGAUAGCUCAGAUUGCAGUUGUUCUUGGUAGCUGUACAGCUGGCGGUGCUUAUGUCCCAGCUAUGGCUGAUGAAAGCAUAAUCGUGCGACGACAAGGAACUGUGUUUCUUGCAGGACCACCUCUUGUCAAAGCAGCAACAGGUGAACAGGUGGAUGCAGAGACACUUGGAGGAGCUGACCUCCACUGCAGAACAUCUGGUGUGACAGACCACUAUGCAUUGGAUGAUCGACAUGCAUUGCAAAUUGCAAGGAGUGUAGUAAGCAGUCUGGAACCACCCUUCUCUCAAAAUCCACCCGAGGAUACAGAAGAACCCUUGUUUCCUCCUGAUGAUAUAUAUGGUAUCGUUGGAUGCAACCUCAAGAAGAGUUUUGAUGUAAAAGAGGUGAUUGCACGGAUUGUUGAUGGCUCAAAAUUCAAAGAAUUCAAGCAGAAAUAUGGCGACACACUAGUCACUGGUUUUGCUAAGCUGUAUGGUCACACUGUUGGUAUUAUUGGCAACAAUGGUGUUUUGUUUUCAGAGUCCGCUCUUAAAGGAACACAUUUCAUUCAACUUUGCUGCCAGAGGAAAAUCCCAAUAGUGUUUCUUCAAAACAUCACAGGAUUCAUGGUGGGGUGUGAUGCUGAAGCUGGUGGCAUUGCCAAGAACGGAGCCAAAAUGGUAACAGCUGUUGCUUGUGCACAGGUGCCCAAAUUUACAGUCAUCAUAGGUGGUUCAUAUGGUGCUGGCAACUAUGGAAUGUGUGGUCGAGCAUAUGGGCCAAGAUUCCUGUACAUGUGGCCAAAUGCAAGAAUCUCAGUGAUGGGAGGUGAUCAGGCUGCGGGAGUGUUGGCCCAGAUAACAGAGCAGCAGAAGUUAAGGAGUGGAAAGGAGUGGACAAAAGAAGACGAUGAUAAACUGAGGAAACCAGUCGUAAAGAAAUUUGAAAAUGAAGGAAAUCCUUACUAUUCAAGUGCAAGGUUAUGGGAUGAUGGUGUGAUUGACCCUGCAGACACGAGGGCUGUUCUUGGCAUGAGUCUUCGAGCAGCAUUAAAUGCGCCAAUUCCACACACAAACUUUGGUGUCUUCAGAAUGUGAACAAUACAGAAUUGUUGUACCAAUAAUAUGCCAAAAAUUUGUUACUAGUUGUAUGUUUUAUUUGGUUGUUUACUGUACAUUCCUGUCAUAAAUAGGUUUUUGAAAACUAAAA